AUGUCGUCGCCGCCUCCGGAUACAGAGACCGAACCCUCCCAAACUGAGCGAGAGCGCCUCGACCGUGAACACAAGGAAAAAGAAGCGAAAGAACAGGCGACCUUGCCGUACAAAUGGACACAGACAAUUGCAGAAGCCGAAGUCACAAUUCCAGUGCCUGUUGAGAUACGCGCGAGGGAUCUGGAGGUCGUUCUGACCAAGACCAAGAUCCGAGUUGCGUUGAAGGGCAAAGAACCCUUUAUCGACGGCUCAUUCCCACAUCCAAUCCAUGUCGACGAGUCCUCAUGGACCCUCGAGACCGUCUCCAGUCCUCCCGGCAAAGAAGUGUCUGUCCAUCUAGACAAGGUGAACAAGAUGGAAUGGUGGCCUCACGUUGUCACCACCGCGCCCAAGAUCGACGUCAGCAAGAUAACGCCCGAGAACUCUAAGUUGAGUGACCUGGAUGGGGAGACAAGAAGCAUGGUAGAGAAGAUGAUGUAUGAUCAGCAGCAGAAGGAGAUGGGGAAGCCGUCCAGUGAUGAGCAGAAGAAGGCCGAGAUGCUUAGGAAGUUCCAAGAACAACACCCAGAGAUGGACUUUUCCAAGGCACAGAUCGGUUAA